AUGAUUGAGUCCCAUAAUCUCAAAGACCAAGUGAUUGUGAUUGAGCCGACCAAUGGCGUUUUGAAGGCUCAACUGGAGGCGAUAGUGGUCAAACAUGGUGGGAUUGUGGAACAAAAUCCCGUCGAAGGACGAACCUUCUGUUACGUGGAGACAGGUAUGAAGAUGAAGGCCAAAUCCGUGAUGAGAAGCCGGAAGUUCGAUGUUGUACGCCACACUUGGCUCCUCGAUUGCCAGGAACACUACCGUCCCUUUGGACCCGCCGACAUGGUGAGCUCCACGUCGAAUCGCGCCCAGGAGUUUCAGGAUCGAUACGAUGAAUUUGGAGACCCGUUUGGGUUGAGAUCCACCCUCACGAGUCUCAAAUACUCAAUGGCGCAAGUGCAGGCACUCAAGAGGGAAGCCAAGAUCAGUCGUGACUUGAUAGCCGAUUUUGAAUGCACCCAAUGGGCCAAUCCCUCGAAAUUUGGUCUCUUUCGCCAACUAACCUUUUACGUGGAUCGUUACGUUCAAAUUGGCCAAUCCUCGGAAGGGAAUUCCAAGGAGGAUUGCUUGCAUCCAUUGGAAUCCAUUGAACUACUCAUCGAGUUUUAUGGCGGUAGAGUGAUCAAAGAUGAUCUAAAAGAUGAAGAUCGUUUGUCUCAUGUGGUGGUGAGUGCCUCGGAUUUAACGAGAGUGCCGCAAUUUAAGGCAAUUCGACGGACCAAAACCAAAAAGUUCCAUCUGGUUCCAGAAUCUUACAUAGAGCAUUGUGUUCAAGAUGGUCGCCUACUUUCUAUUGUCGAUUAUGAAUUGUGA